UUUCCUCCUGUUGCCAGCCGGGGAAGCGCUCUCCUCCCGUGGACUCCCAGGCUAAUGAAAAGCGCUAGCGACACGGAGCCCACCAUUGGCUGUCCCGACUGCCGAGGCUGGCAGUCAGUGGCGACAGGGAAGGACCGCACCGACGGACCUUUUUUGGGUGGAAAUACCGAGAGAACGACAGAAACUCGGAUAGAAACGAAAGGAUUAUAAGUUUUCAUCCUCGGUUUUGGUUUCUCCCCCAUAGACGGACCGAAACGUCGCUCAAUGUUAGCUGGAAGUUUCCGAGCGGAGCCGUGAUGUGGUGACGCGACUCCAACCGAAUCGAGCUAACGAAGCUAACGUUAGCUGCUAACGCUACUUGAUAGAUUAAUCACUGAAGCGGAGCUAUUUCAGGAUUUUAAAAACUCUUUUACUACUUUAGAUAAUGUAAGAUAAACGGUUACGAGAGAUUUGUUUUAUCAUGUUGUGUACUUUUAUACGAGAUUUACCCCUAAAUGUCUACCUGACGUUAUUUCAGCUAAGUUAGUAGAUGAAACUAGCAACCGUUAGCUACCUAGCAGGCUAGUGGCUAACGUUGGCUAGCACUUUAAACUGACUUCAAGCCAAAGAAUUCUGCUUCAAAUUAGCUUAGCAAAGCUGUCACUGUUUCACCUAACUGUAUCUUUACACGUCUACCUGUUGUGAGAUGUUAUUUUCGGCGAGUUGAAAUUGAUUUGUGUUUGUUUUGAGAUGCAAAGAUAAGACACUUUAAAUCCAGAUAUGCAAUCAUCGAAUCACCAGCUUACUUAUUGCUAGCCUGCUAACGUUGAGUUAGCCGGCCAAACUUGGAAUACUGCCCCCCUGCUCACUUUAUGUGGGUUUCGCUUUGAGGCCUUUAGGAAAUUAUCACUUUUUUUCUCCCCCCACAGCCUUAAUGCAUCCCAGCCUCUGAAUGGAAUUUAUAUUUUCUGAAUGACUUUGGAUAUUUGUGAAGCUUGAUAAGGCUGUGACAUACAAUUGGAGUACCUGGACUUUGUUUACUUGUCACAAAAUAACGUGGAUUACAAAGGAGAUUUGGAAUAACGUUACGCUUCAAAGAUGAUGUGCGAGGUGAUGCCCACUAUCAGCGAGGCUGAAGGGCCUGGCGGGGGAGGCGGCAGUGGCCGCCGGGGCUCUGGCUCCCCACUGCAGUCAGACUCGGAGGGUCACUUCGAGUCGCUGAUGGUGUCCAUGCUGGAGGAGAGAGAUCGUCUUCUUGAGACUCUGAGAGAAACUCAGGAGAAUCUGGGUCUGACUCAGGGUAAACUGCAUGAAGUUAGUCAUGAAAGGGACUCGCUGCAGAGACAACUGAACACUGCUUUGCCACAGGAGUUUGCUGCACUAACAAAGGAGGUGAACGUGUGCCGGGAGCAGCUUCUUGAGAAAGAGGAGGAGAUUGCAGAGCUGAAGGCCGAGAGAAACAACACACGGCUUCUGCUGGAGCACCUGGAGUGCCUGGUGUCUCGCCAUGAACGCAGUCUGAGGAUGACGGUGGUGAAGAGACAGGCUCAGUCUCCAGCAGGCGUCUCAAGUGAGGUGGAGGUCCUCAAAGCCCUUAAGUCACUUUUUGAACACCACAAAGCCCUUGAUGAGAAGGUAAGGGAACGACUUCGCGUUGCCUUGGAACGAUGCAGCGCGUUGGAGGAACAGCUCACCAUCUCGCACAAAGAACUGGCUUACCUCAGGGAGCAGAGCAGUCAGAAGAGAGGGCUGGCAGAUGGAACCAGCGAGGUCAACCACAACUCUGAAAACACACCAAGCACUAAUGGCAAGCGGUCGUCGGAUGGUUCCCUCAGUCAGGAGGAGGAGACCGGCCUUGGAUUUGGGAAAGUUGGCGAGCUCCAGGAGGUAGUGGACCGUCAGACGGCUGAUUUGGGCCAGAUGAAGGAGCGCAUGGCUGCCAUGGCGUCGCGCAUCAAUGAGCUGGAGGAGGACCUGGACACGGCCCGAAAGGACCUCAUUAAGUCUGAAGACAUGAACACGCGGCUACAGAGAGACCUCAGAGAGUCAAUGGCUCAGAAGGAAGAUAUGGAGGAGAGGAUCACCACCUUAGAGAAGCGCUACCUGGCAGCUCAGCGGGAGGCUACCUCCGUCCAUGACCUCAACGACAAGCUGGAGAAUGAAGUGGCCAAUAAGGAGUCUCUAUUCAGACAGACUGAAGACAGAAACCGACAACUGCAGGAGAAGCUGGAACUGGCUGAGCAGAAGCUGCAGCAGACGAUUCGCAAGGCAGAGACUCUCCCUGAGGUGGAAGCUGAGCUCGCCCAGAGAGUCGCUGCCCUCACAAAGGCAGAGGAACGCCAUGGCAACGUUGAGGAGAGGUUGAGGCAGCUGGAGGCCCAGCUGGAGGAGAAGAACCAGGAACUGCUCAGGGCACGGCAGCGAGAGAAGAUGAAUGAGGAGCACAACAAGCGUCUGUCUGAGACUGUGGAUAAGCUGCUGUCAGAGUCCAACGAGAGACUCCAGCUGCACCUCAAAGAGAGGAUGUCUGCUCUGGAGGAUAAGAAUGCCCUGAUCAGAGAACUGGAGCACACCAAGAAACUGAUUGAGGAGUCUCACCAUGAGAAGGAGCAGCUCCUCAUCCAAAUCGAGACGAUGAGGGCAGAGAAUGAGCAGGGGAGGAGCAGGAGCAACUCCUUACUACACGGGCGGUCUCAGCUGGGCAGCACCCCAGAUUUCAGGUACCCAGUGUCGGCUUCCUCAAUGAUGGACAGUAACUCAGACCAUUACGGCAGUGCUCUCGUACUGAGACGGCCUCAAAAGGGACGAGUGGCAGCGCUGCGCGACGAGCCAUCAAAGGUGCAGACUUUGAAUGAGCAGGAGUGGGAGCGCAUGCAGCAGGCUAAUGUGCUGGCAAAUGUGGCCCAGGCCUUUGAGAGCGACAUGGACGCCUCAGACCUGGAGGAGGAUCGAGAGACCAUUUUCAGCUCGGUGGACCUGCUGUCCCCUGCUGGCCAGGCUGACGCACAGACCCUUGCCUUAAUGCUGCAGGAGCAGCUGGAUGCCAUCAACAAUGAAAUUAGAAUGAUCCAGGAGGAGAAGGAGAGCACAGCAAUCCGAGCAGAGGAGAUCGAGGGUCGGGUGGGCAGCGGUGACAGCCUGGGAGGUCGUUUCCGCUCCAUGAGCUCCAUCCCUCCGUCACUGUGUGCCGGCUCCUCGCUGGGCAGCUCUCCACCCGGGUCUGGCCACUCGACCCCCAGACGAAUUCCCCGCAGCCCCAACAGAGAACUGGAUCGUAUGGGUGUCAUGACCUUGUCUGCUCAGGAUGACAAGGCCACUAUCCGCUGUGAGACGUCACCCCCCACCACUCCACGCUCCAUGCGCCUGAACAGGGAGGCAGGACACGCUGCCAGUCACGAGGACAUUCGAGACAUUCGAGGUCUGGCAAGCCUGCAGGAUGGCCAGGGUAGUAACCCGAGCAGUAGCAACAGCAGCCAGGACUCUCUCAACAAAGCAGCCAAGAAGAAGAGUAUCAAGUCUUCCAUUGGACGCCUAUUUGGGAAGAAGGAGAAGGGCCGACCCAGCAUUCCCGGCAAGGAUUCCCCCAGCCAAGCUGGCACUCCUGAGGCAGAGAGCUCUCCGAAGGACGGUUUAGGAAUGGGCACCCUCGGGGGCCCUGCUGAGAAGAACAGGAAGCUGCAGAAGAAUCCAAAGACCGGGCAUGAAUUACUGGAAGAGGCUCGCAGGCAGGGCCUGCCAUUCGCCCAGUGGGACGGACCAACUGUUGUGGUUUGGCUGGAGCUGUGGGUGGGCAUGCCAGCCUGGUAUGUGGCUGCAUGUCGUGCCAACGUGAAGAGCGGAGCUAUCAUGUCGGCGCUGUCAGACACAGAGAUCCAAAGGGAGAUCGGAAUCAGUAACCCCUUACAUCGUCUGAAGCUUCGUCUGGCCAUCCAGGAAAUCAUGUCUCUCACCAGCCCUUCUGCCCCGCCAACCUCCAGAACGACCACAGGAAACGUUUGGGUCACGCAUGAAGAGAUGGAAAGUUUGGCAGCCACACCUCCCACGACGUUGGCGUAUGGAGACAUGAACCACGAGUGGAUCGGUAACGAGUGGCUGCCCAGCCUGGGUUUGCCUCAGUACCGCUCCUACUUCAUGGAGUCCCUGGUGGACGCCCGCAUGCUCGACCACCUCACCAAGAAGGACCUUAGAGGACAGCUCAAAAUGGUGGACAGCUUCCACAGGAACAGUUUUCAGUGUGGUGUGAUGUGCCUGAGGAGGCUCAACUACGACAGGAAGGAGCUGGAGAGGAAGAGAGAGGACUGUCAGCUGGAGCUCAAAGAUGUGCUGGUUUGGAGUAAUGAGCGUGUGAUCAGUUGGAUUCAGGCCAUCGGACUCAAAGAGUACAGUGGUAAUCUUUAUGAGAGCGGAGUUCACGGAGCGCUGCUCGCCCUGGACGAAACCUUCGAUCACAACACGCUGGCCCUGCUGCUGCAGAUCCCCACACAGAACACACAGGCCAGAGCGACUCUGGAGCGUGAAUACAACAGUCUGCUGGCCAUUGGCACAGACAGGAGAAUGGAAGAGGAUGAUGAUAAGAACUUCCGCCGUGCUCCCUCAUGGAGGAAGAAGUUCAGGCCCAAAGACAUGAGGGGGAUGUCCCUGGGUGCGUCAGAUACCCUCCCGGCCAACUUCAGAGUGACCAGUAGCGGCACAGCAUCUCCCUCCACGCAGCCAAAGAGGAGCCCGAUGGACGGAAGUCAGUCUAUACAGAGGCUGGACACUGCCACAGUCAGGACCUACUCUUGUUAACACACAACGUUUAUCCUCAUUAUUUCUAUAGGUAACCGCUGGUCAGAAGAUGAAGGGGAAUUCCCCGCAUUCAAGACCAGGAUGAUGAACUGAAAUGACUUGCAAGGACACUAAAAAAAAAAAGUUUUUUUUUUUUUUUUGUCAUCACAGAGAAAGACUUUACUCACCAAUCUCAGUAUCCCUAGAGGAAACUUUCUAGAUUUAUCUACAUUUGUUAUUAUAUUUAUGUAAACCAAUGGGACAUUUAAAUGAUUUUAGAAUUACUAUGUAACCCUUUUUUGCCUCUGUCCCCUUUAAUCAACCCACUUUUUAAAACACUUCUCCACUGUGCCCGCAUUAAGCUCAGCUCUCAGAUGUAUGUAACUGAAUGUUUCAGCUGUCUGGAGUUUGUAUAUUUCUACCAACAGACAUUUUAUCUAAUCUUUUUUAUAAUCCUGAUUCUAUUGACCAGAUGUAUGUUUUUUUUUUUUUUCUUUCCUCGCUUUGAUUUGAAUUCUAAUCAUUGAAUUUAUGCUUAAGUGACUUUGAUAUGUGAUAUAACUUAAUUCAUAUCCUCUGCCCUUUUUAACUGUUGUAAUUUUUUUUUUUUGUAGCUUAUUACCUGUGAUUUUUGUGUAAAUGCAGCUCUUAGGUCAACGGAUGUGUGAAUAUCAGACGAAUUGCUGGAGACUGUUUCACAAACUGCUCGACACUGUGAGUCAUCCAUCGCCGUUAAAAUAACUGCUGGCAAGCCGGGCGAUGGUGGCGACAGAUAUCACGUGAAACUCUUUUCUUUCUUUUCCAUAUCUGCGAAACCAAAAUGAAACUCUUGAAUUUUAAGAAUUAAAGCCAUAUAUAUAUCAGUAGCGAAACAAACUAAACGGAGGGCUACUUUCGAAUGCAAGUGAAAACAGACUUCCAGUUUCUCUCUAGUUGACCUUGCAUGCGGACUUUACUCCACUUAUCCCCACCCAAUCUACACCCAGUUCAGCCCUUUAAGAAAACUUCCUCACCUCUGGAGAAACGCACCGACGAGGACGUCAGAUGAACUCGAAAGUGUCGAAACUCCUUCGAUGGACCAACUUCACCGAGGCCUCAGCUGAUCCCCGCUGUGACUAGAUAACCCUCGAGGCAGCGCGAUCCACCCGCAGACCCCCUUUUUUUUUUUUUUUUUUUUUAAACACUUUGUACGGAGAUUUCAUAUCAAGCCUUAUCGUUUCUUAACUCCUCUCUGUCGUCGCUUCUUAUUUAUUCAUCCACGUUUUGUGUGUCGUCAGUUCAGAGCUAAAGCCCCACUUUUUGUUCCUCGGAAUGCUUCUCGAGUUUGUCUUGUCUACACUCACAACACAGGUUCCACCUUUUUUGAUGAGAAGGAACCGAAGAGUUUUCAUUUCACCGUACAUGUAGUCGAAGCUUAAAGUAGAUCUUUCUCGUUUGUUUGUGAUUUAGUCAUUUUAUGCACAAUGCAAAUCAUGUUGCUGUUGUUUUAUUCCUGCUCUUCCUCUGUCGAAUCUUCUGAUCUUGUAACAAUGAUGUACAGUCUGAGUACUUAUAAACUAUUUUUAUCACAGUAUUAUUUAUUGCUUACUUUCAAUAAAAUACUGAAACUUAUUUUCCACUGCAGAUAAAAAAAAGGACUGAAGUUUUGUGUUUUCCUCUCCUGCUGUUGUGAUGUUUGAAUGAGAAGUUAGUUACUCAUUUAGAGCAGUGUUGCAAGGAUGAGUGGGCGCUAAGGCUAUACAUGUAAGAGGAAAUAAACUUUUAAUAUAACAACAAGUA